GAACCAUGAAGGGGACAAGCAUUGGCUUUAUCUUAUUGCUUUACAUUAUCUGUUUCGUGCAGAGAACACUCACACAAGGAUCUGGAUCAGGCGCACCUCCCCCAGUUGUUACGAGUAAUGUCAAAUGUGGCACCAAAGCUCAAAAUGCACGCAUUGUGGGGGGUAGCAUAGCACCGGCUGGUAGCUCACCUUGGCAAGUUGGAAUUAAGACGCACCGUUUACGAAUGUACUUUUGCGGUGGCACUAUCGUUUCCAGGAGAUGGGUAGUAACCGCUGCUCACUGUAUCACCGGUUACGUUGCAAGUGAUCUCCUUAUUGAAGCCGGAGUGGUCAAUCAAAAGAAAUCGAGUUGGCACAAGCAAUCAUUCAAUUGUGUAAAGAUCAAGCAGCACCAGAGUUACGAAAAAUUGGCACCUUUUGAUAAGGACAUUGCCCUUCUUUAUUUGGAUAAAGAUGUCCUUUUCAAUAAUUACGUGAGGCCUUUGUGUUUGAAUGAAGGAGGUCGUAUAACUUCUGGAACGAAUUGUACAGUAACAGGGUUUGGUCAGACCAGCGAAGCAGGGAGCAAGUCUUACCGUUUGAAGCAAGCAACAGUUCCCAUUACACUGCAUACUGAUUGUGUUAAGCUUUACAAGCAGCAGAGCCCACCGGAGAAAAUAACUACGAACAUGAUUUGCGCCGGCUAUGCUUCUGGUAACGUAGACUCGUGUGGGGGGGAUAGUGGUGGGCCUCUCGCUUGCUUUGAUGCGUCUCGAAAUCGUCACGUUCUCGCGGGGAUCGUAUCGUGGGGAGUCGGCUGUGCAAGAAAAAACAAUUAUGGAGUUUACACGAAUGUAGAGCUCUUGAAAAACUGGAUUACACAAACUACAGGAAGUAUUGUUUAAAAGAAACGGAAGAGCAAUGUUUGGAAAAUGUAAUGGCUUUUUUGUUCAUGCGAAUUAUUGUACUUUUAUGGCAAAGCUGAUCUUAGUAGCAUAGUGACGUCAUUCGAAGUUUUGAUGACGUUUAUUGUGAAUUUUUUACCGAGUUAUUUGUAAAAUGAUAUAUGCUUUGUUGUCAUAACCAUGCAAA